AUUGCUUUUUCUUGUGUAUUACCUGCAGGUCUCCAUUGUUAGUGAAUCCCCCAACCAUCUUGAUUGAUAAAGAACCGUGCGUAAGUUGACAUAUUUCUCCAUCCACAUUUGGAGCAUUUCCUAUUAUCUUUCUUCAGUCCCCCUUCCACCUACCUAGAUCUGGCCAGAAUUUUUUUAAACAACAACUGAAACACAGAAAAUUAUAAUCGAUUUUGUGUGUGUAUAUUUUCGAUUGUCCUCCAACAUGACGCGCAACAACAGCAACACUCAAGCCGCAUGGUCGCCGGCACGCACUACACCUGUAGUCGCUUUUUUUCAGUGCGUCGCGCUCCUGUGGUGUACACCGGCGGCCCCCCUGGGAGUCGCCGCCGGGGUGGUCCUAUCGGAGCUGAGCAAGAGCGCAACAUCUUUUCUUAAACAGGAAACGACGUCUCCAAAUGCGGGAAAAAAGUUUUACGAACUGAUGACACAACGGCAUGUGGAGGAGCACGACGAGUCGGCUCCCCGCCCCUUGCACAUUUUGUUUGAGACCCAGGCCAAGACGGCGUUAGCGGGCGCUUACUCGGUAAUGAAGUUUUUGGCCAGGAACGAGGGCGUAAAGGUCACGUUUUUGGCUCCCGUCGGGAAGUUGGUAGAAACCCCAAACGGCCGGAUCGAAUACGCCGACCAGCUCGUUAGCCAACAAGAGUUGGGCGAGGCCGCCGAGGAGACGCUGUUAGCUCGGCAAUUGCGAAAGUACGAUUCUUUACAGCAACAAGGCCGGGUGUUCACUGCGGUGCUCCAGAAUCCAAACGGGUGUGCAUGUUCAUCUGGAGAUGCAGAUGACGACACUUGUUCCAGUACCGCGGGUGGGAGUAGGAGAGCCAAAAAAUUGGUCUGGGAUUUUUCCGUGUCCGACCGUGAGAUCGCUAGCCUUUCCGAGGCGGGCGUGGAGUUUGUGCCGCAGCGGCCCCGGGCUGCACUGGGUGGGGCCGCGAGCUCAGUGAAGAAAGGCCUGGCGCACUUGUACCAUUCUUCAUCCGGUCGUGGUGCACACAACGCCGAAAAGUUGUCUCUCGCAAGACGGAACGGAAGCAAUGACGGCUGGACUGUCCGCUCGUCAGAAACGAAAGAGUGGUCGCAGGCUUUUGUUGCGCGAAAAAUUUUCGGAGGUCGCCUUGGCCCGGUAGAUUUCGUUGUGAUGGACCCUUUCCUGAAAAGUGAUUCGGUGAGCCGCAUUUUGGUCGACCGGUUCCGCGUCCCGGGGUCGCUCUGGGUAGGAAACUUCUCGGACAGUGUACCGCGCGCCCUGGGGUUGUACACCAAAGCCGAAAAUGGUCUGCAAUUCCCCACGUUUUCCGCACAUUUUCUCCCCUGGACGCAGUCGAACGGGUUGUCACACAACGUAAAACGACCCGAUAACGCCAGGCCUCUGCGGGCGGAGCUCCGGGAAGAGGACGUCGGGCCCGUUGUUUCCGCUGCCGAGGCGAAAAUACGAAACGUGCCGGUGACGACCGAUAGGGAGCGGGAACCCCAGCUCAUGCAGACGGCGCUGGUCACGGAACUGUUGCAUCCGAGCAACGAUGCUGCGGGUGGAGCGAUCGCGGCCGCCUCGAGUAACCCGGAAGUCCGGAAGGUCCAGGAGAUGAUGCGAAAGCAUCGCGUUCACACCCUGCUGUACAUCGCGUUCGGCUCUCAGGGCUUCCGCCUCUCUUUAGGGGCGGUUCGCGAGCUGAUUCAAGAAUGGGAAACUAAGCUGAAGCAAAAAGGCGUUGGUUUGUACCUUGUGCUUCCCCCAACCUACGAUGUUGUAGACGCCGCCCUUCCAGAGGGUGGCCGUGCGUUGGACCACCAGAGGGCUUCGGGCCACCGUGACCACAACGGUGAGGAACAGCACAACAGCAGUGACGCGAGAAUUCGGCAGGAGCUGGAGAAUCUGCGGGCCCACACGGACGGUGUGCUGUUUUUCGUACAAAGGUCCCCGCAGAAGGACGUGUUCGCAGCUUUCGAACGGGCGCCCGACCUGCAGCUGAUCUACGUUUGCCACGGCGGCGGGGCCUCUUUGGCCGAGGCCAUUGCGGCCACCGUUCCCGUCCUCUGCCUGCCGAUGAUGAGUCUUGACCAGCCGACGAACUGCCGCCAAAUCGAGAAGGUCGGUCUUGGCGUGACUCUGAAUGCGAUCACGCAGCGAUGGCUCCUGCAGGAGCGCGGUGCGUGGUUGCAGCGCCCGGGAGCAGGGACCGCGCUGGAGCAACUGCGGGGCGCGCUCACACACCCGCACAAGGACUACUGGCAGUCCUCGUGGGACCGAAACCGGCCUGCCCUUUUGCCCUUCUCUCCGGAGCGAUUUGUGGAUGACACGUUCCUCUUCACUAAGGCGAAAGACCGGACCCUCGGGGGCGCGGUACUGCACGUGAUGAAAAACAAGCAGCUGUACGCGUCCAACCUACGCGAGGUCCAGGAAAUGCUGCAGCAGGAAACCUUUGCUGACGUCCGGGAACUUGCUUCCCUUCUCGUCGAUUUCGCCACGUUUGACUCCGGGACGCGACGCAUGCUCUUUGGCGAUUCGCUGCACUCUCAGAGCGGGAAGUUCGCGCAGCUUCCCCGCGACCAUUCAGAGUUGCGAAUGUGCCGCACUCUGAAUGACCCGAAGCAGGACCCGGAACAGCGCAGUAGUACCGAAAUACGCCCUCGGAAAAGAAUACACGAUUAAACAACUACGAAGGCCGUUGUAGCGAAUCAGCAGCGUGGAAACUUCUCCCGUGAAAACUUUUUGUUCUCUCGUGGCACUUCCGAAUGCAACUCUACAAGCAGUUAGACUUAGAGUAAGUGUAAGUAGCAGUAACUGAUUGAAGAUUUAUUUUCAAUACGAUGACCACAAAAGGCUGAACAUGUGAAGACGUAGAAAUGGAAGCUUUUUUCCCUUCUAUGUCUCCUCUCGGCGCUUCUAUCGUUGAGACAACUGAAGAUUUUUGUAUAUCAUAUAGCGCUUUAUGAGCCCGAAGCACUCUCGUGUUACACGAGUCGUGUAGCACCGCCAGGACGUAAGCGAGCUGCCGGGCAGCGCCUCAAGCAUUUCCUCUUAAGAAGAGACCCAACUACGCCAACAUUCGAAAAUAAUAUUCUGUGUUGACAUGUAUGAUUUAUCGCACCCUUCAUCUUCAAAUGAUUUUUGCGAGCACGAAACGGAAGCACGUGCGUCAACCAUUGGAAAAUACUUCACGAUACUUAGUCAUCGAGUUUUCGACCCCUUCAUCAACCCAUCAGGAGACUACAGCAU